AUGCAAAUUGAGAAGUUUUUGGUGAUUCCUGAAGAAAAUGUUAUUUAUGAAGUUUCUUUAAAUGAUCAAGUUAUUACAGAGCUUGUUAAAAUGUUCAGAACUAAUGACUCAACAACUGCUAAUUUUGAUGAUAUGAAUAAUAGCUUUAAAAUCUCUAUUGUCAGUGCCAAUAUG